CACGUACGGCCCCGGUCUGCAUUCCCUUCUCUCUGUCUCCUCUCCCUUCUCCCCAAUGGCGUCCGCCGAAAUCCCCAACGCCGUCACCAACGACCCCAACCCCACCCGCUCGCCGUCGCCUCCGCUCCCACCGCGCAAGCGCCGCCUCUCCCUCUCCCCAUCCCGCUCCCCUGCCCUCUCCCCUGCCCUCUCCCCCAGGCGUUCCUCGUCUCGCUCCCGCUCCCCUCGCCGCGAGCGAAGCCGGAGUCGCAGUCGUAGCCGUAGCCGCAGCCGCAGCCGCAGCCGGAACCGGACCCGCAGUCGCAGUCGGAGCCGUAGCCCGCGCCAACCCGACGGCAAGCGGGCGCGGCACAGCGACCUCACCGUCGAGGUGUGCCGCGACUACCUGCGCGACAGGUGCACCCGCUCCGACCUCGAGUGCAAGUAUGCGCACCCGCACCAGUCCGUCUCCGUCGACCGUGACAACAAGGUGACGGCGUGCGCGGAUUCGCUGAGAAACAACUGCUUCCGGGGCAGAACCUGCCGCUACUACCACCCGCCUCCUCAUAUCCAGGAGUCGUUGCUGAGAUCAAUUGGUGUAGACGCCCCACCAGCAAAGAUGGUUUGCAGAGAUUUUGCACGUGGACGAUGUUCAAGAUCAGCAAAUGAGUGUCGUUUCUUGCACCACUCAUCUGUUCAAGAAAGUGCAAUUGUUUGCCAAGAUUUCUUGCGUGGGAGGUGUGACCGUAUCUCAUGUAGGUACACUCAUGUAAUAGCACAACAGAUGUUCCCCCCACCAAUGAGGGAUCUUCCAAUGCAAAUGCAAUACCCUGAGAUGGUUUACAUGGCACCACCACCACCACAUGGAGUACCUAUGAUGGUUCCUCCUCUCUCGCCUCCUACAGCAUUUGCUGAUCACAGGAGGGUGGAAGUUUGCAGGGACUUCUUGAAGAACAUGUGUACUAGAGAAUCGUGCAGAUUUGCACACCCUGAUUCACGCAGUGAGGUGCCAAAUGACAGGGUUGAAGUCUGCCGUGAUUUUAAACGUGGAGAAUGCACUCGGCCUAACUGUCGCUUUUUCCAUCCAUCCUCGAGCUGAAGUUCUCUUAGAUAAAUCUUGAGUAGCCUGCCCUGCCGCCGCUGCUACUGCUCUGCUGCUGCUAAAUCCGCUCCUGCUGCCAAAGAGCUGCUGCGCUGGCUGCUGUGCUGCUAAGGUGCCAUAGAGUAUGAGAACCUCACAAGUGCUAUAUUUGCAUGGAAGAAAAACAUAUCAUCAUCCUGUGAUGUUCUGAUGGUUGCUUAAACUUGAGUCUGCUUCGGAAUAGUACUCAAUGGGGAUUGCGUGUGUGAUUAUGUACGCUGUGAGUUGCUGCGGCAUUUGCAUAAUUGGAUUUUGUAUACCCUGUACUCUUUGCA